UCAGCGAUGGCCAGCUCGGUGAAAACCUUCAUUUUCCUAGACCUGGAAGCUACUGGUCUACACGGAGACCUUCCCAAAAUCACAGAGUUGUGUCUGGUGGCCGUCCAUGUGUCCUCACUGAAGAAUCCAGCGACCGAUGACUCGGGGGAGACGCAGCUACCUCGGGUGAUGGACAAGCUUUGCCUUUGCGUGGACCCGGACAAGCCCCUUACUAAGGAAGCCUCCGAGAUCACCGGCCUGGACAACGAGCAGCUGAGCGACUGCGAGAAGAAGAAAUUCGACGACUGCCUCAUCAACACCGUCAUCGAAUUUAUAAAUCGCCAGGCCCAGCCGGUCUGCCUGGUGGCCCACAAUGGCUUUGACUACGACUUUCCCCUACUGAAGACUGAGCUUCUGCAACAGCAGCACGACUUGUCCAGCGCCAUCCUGUGUAUGGACUCACUCCAAGCCUUCCGAUCCCUUCAUGGUCAAGGGAGAGGAAAGCCGGGGUAUGUCAAAGUGAAGUUUAACCUGCCAGAAAUUUUCAGGCGGUUCUUCAGUAAGGAGCCCGACUUUUCCCAUUACGCGGAAGGCGACGUGCUGACCCUCAUCCUUGUCGUCAUCUGCAAAGCUGAAAGCCUUCUGGAGGCAGCAAAUUACAGAAGAUGGGGAGAGAUCAAGCCCAUGUACUAAUAACCGACCUUCUAUGUAGGAUCUAGAAUGUCACAUGGCCCCUUAUUCUCUCUCGUCCGC